UGAACGGUAUUACGAACGCACCUGACAUUCAGACGAACAGAUGUUUUCAAGGGAGAUAUUCACAACGCAAGUGCACUGUGUUAUCCAAUUAAGAUCAAGGAAAGUUAAAAGGGAAUAAGAAUGGGCAUAAAUAAUACUAGAUACUACCGGUUCUAACGUUGCCUGUCGUAUUCUUGCACGCGACUGCAAGUUUGACAGUACGUGGUAAGGGUGGGGGCCACAGUGCGCAGCCAUAUUGGCUACUUGUGACUUUUGGGAGGAAGCGAGCAAAAAAUAACACAACUUUUCUCGUUUCUAUGCGAAAAAAUGUUGCCUUCGAGGAUUUUUCAUUGAUUUCACACGUUGGUCUUGUUAGCGCAAACACGAUUACGAUAGAACGUGUGAUCAUUUAUACAAGCUCAAUCUUUUUUACGAAAAAUGAGUUUCUUUGGGUUCGGUCAGUCGGCUGACAUAGAGAUUACAUUGGAUGGUGCAGAGAACAGGAAGACUGCAGACAUAAAAUCUGAAGAUGGCAAAAAAGAGCGCCACUUGUUAUAUUAUGACGGUGAAACCGUUUCUGGAAAGAUUAAUAUUAGUCUCAGGAAAGCUGGUAAAUUGGAACAUCAGGGUGUAAAAGUAGAAUUUAUUGGACAAAUUGAAUUAUAUUAUGAUAGAGGAAAUCAUCAUGAAUUCACAAGUCUAGUCAAAGAAUUGACUAGGCCAGGAGAAUUAACUCAUAAUACAGUGUAUACUUUUGAAUUUGCAAAUGUAGAAAAACCAUUUGAAAGCUAUACAGGAUCAAAUGUACGAUUAAGAUAUUUUCUCAAAGUGACAAUUGUUCGAAGACUUAGUGAUAUUGUUAAAGAACUUGAACUAGUUGUGCACACUCUUAGUUCCUAUCCAGAUAUGAACAAUCCUAUUAAAAUGGAAGUUGGAAUUGAAGACUGUUUGCAUAUCGAAUUUGAGUAUAAUAAAAGCAAAUAUCAUUUAAAAGAUGUUAUUGUUGGGAAAAUAUAUUUUCUUUUGGUUAGAAUAAAAAUCAAACACAUGGAAAUUGCCAUAAUAAAACGGGAAACUACUGGAUGUGGUCCACAUACAUUUACGGAAAAUGAAACUAUAGCAAAAUACGAAAUAAUGGAUGGAGCACCUGUCCGAGGCGAAUCUAUUCCAAUAAGAGUGUUUUUAGCCGGUUACGAUUUAGCACCCACAAUGCGUGACAUCAAUAAAAAAUUCAGUGUUAGAUAUUAUCUUAAUUUAGUUCUAAUGGAUGAAGAAGAUCGUAGAUACUUUAAACAACAAGAAAUAACGUUAUGGAGAAAGGGUGAAAAAAGUAGAAAAUCUCAAACUGCUUCACCACAUAUGCCAUCGCAUUUGGUAUCAGCAGAAACGGGAUUUCCGCAAGGAGCUACUCAAAAUGGUCCACCAUCCAUGCCACCAGCUGUCCAACAAGGACAACUACCAUCCACUAACAUUACCAAUGUAGAGGAUGCGCAAGCACCCAUAGAAAGUAUGACACGUGAAGAAGGAGAUGGUGAAGGUGCAAACGAAGUUAACCCUGAAAGUAACUGAAUUUUUUCACAUAAAACAGUUACUGAAGUCAAUGGAAGUUUUACUCUUUCAGAGAAUCAGUAACAACUUCGCAAGAUUCGGCACGGAACUAGUAGUUUUGAACAGAAUUCCUCUUAAUGCUGUAAAGAGAAAUUGAAUUUUAGGAACUUCAAAAAAUCGAAACAUCUGCGAGUAAAGUUGUAAAUAUUUUGGAUACCUAUAAAUAAUGCGGAUGAUUAAAUUGAAUAAGUAGCCAAUUAUCGAUCAAAAUUUCAAAUUAUCAAGAUCUAUAGAUAAUGUACUAUGGUGUCUGAUGGGACAAACAUGAAGUAAUUAAGACAUAAUAUAA